GGAGGACAUGGAAGUCUAAACCUGAGCCAGAUUCUCGGUGGACACGGAGGAAUUGGAGGUAUUACCAUUGGACGCGGUGAUAAACCAACCGGCGGUAAUGGCGGGAUUACUAUUGGCACCGGACAUCACCCAACUGGUGGUAUUUCUAUCGGACACACCAAACGAAGUGAUUUAUUAGAUAUAACCGAUGGUCAGAUCUCAAUCACCAUAAAUCAAAAGAAUAGCACAAAUUGUUCCCAAAUAUCGGAAAUAUCUCAUGAAUUGAAGCAACAGAUUCUGGGAGCUCUCCAUAACUUAGAGGAACACAUAAAUCAAGAAUUAGACUCGGGAUCAAUUGACUCGCUUUUGGGAAUUCACUCUAACGGACACUCAAACAAUGGUUUAGACACAGUGUGUGUCAAUGGUUCCAAACCCACUGAAAACAACUCUCAACCCAAGCCUACAAACGGAAUGCAAUGUGUAUUAAACGGACAUAACUUUACUCUCACGGGAUCUGUGAGUCAUUCCUCUGGAAGUAGUGGUCAGUGGGAUAUUCAAUGGAAAUCCAACAAAUCCAAUGGUCCUAACACUUCAGCCAAUAAUCUUCUCAAUGGUCUGCUCGGCUCCACCCCUGAAAUCAUUACUAAACCAUUGACUACUGUAGAAGCCAAUGAAUUGAAUGCCGACAACAGGACCGGUGUUGUAGUGAAUGGCACACAACACUCCGAAAGCCACGAUUCAAACAAUGGUUGGGUCAGUACAGCCUGGAAUUGGUUGAGUGGAAAGGGAAGCGAUGGACAUAAUGUUGACCUUAACGUCAAUGAAAGUAUUCACAGAGGAGAUGUAGUGAAUGGAUCGGUAAUAGAUGGUAAGGGAUGUCAUGGAAAUAGAGAGGAAUAUAAUGUUUGGAAUGAAGGCAUACAUAACGGGACUCUAAAUAAAACACGUUCUGAGGAGAGUGUUCGUCUUGUGGGAUCAGACCUUCCCAAUGGUGGCGUAAUUGUUGGUUCUGGUGCUCAACCCGUAGGAUCAGAAGACCUCCCGAAAUCCGGACCAGUUGUCGGAAAUGGUGCUAAUGGUGGUGCAGUGAUCGGUACUGGUUCCCAUCCCGUGGGAUCAGUAGACCUCCCGAAAUCCGGACCAGUUGUCGGAAAUGGUACUAAUGGUGGUGCAGUGAUCGGUACUGGUUCUCAUCCCGUGGGAUCAGUAGACCUCCCGAAAUCCGGACCAGUUGUCGGAAACGGUGCUAAU